GGCUUUUAAUAGGGAUCCAAGGCGUCCAACCCAUUGAAUUGCUCCAUUGAAGCGCAGUUGCCGUUCUCCGUUGAAUUUAGUUCUUGUAUCCUCCAUUGAAGCAGCUUUUGAGUAGUUCAAAAUCGAACUGUGAUGAAUCCAGCAUCGUUUGACCAAAAACCAGCACAACGAAAGGUGAGAUUUCAACCAAAAGCUCCAGUACGCAAAGCAACAAAAGCUGCUGUUGCAAAAACUGAAGUGAUUGAUGAUGCUGAAACUGCUGAGGCAAAAGAGUUAGUGCGACGUUUUCAGGAUGGCUUAACAGCGAAGCCUAAGAUUAAUAAAAAAUCAGAGCCUGUUCAGCGAGUUGCAUUUGGGUAUGGUUCAUCAAUCCCCAGUACUCAAUUCAGUGCCUCCAAUGGAAAUAAUUCUUGGCAUCAAGAUAAAGCUCGGUUUUCCAACCUGAGAGAGAACAAAGAAUACAAAGAACCAUGGAAUUAUUACAGCUAUUAUCCUGUAACUCUUCCAAUUCGAAGGCCUUAUUCUGGAAAUCCAGAUAUCCUUAAUGAAGAAGAAUUUGGGCAAGUGUCUACUUUUGACGAAAAUAUGUCCAACCCAGCGAUGGAGCUUGGCCUUAUGGAGGAAAAUUCUGAGCCUAGGAUGAUGUUUUUUCAGCUACCAACGACUAUCCCGAUGACAAAACAAACUUCAGCUACAGGCCAAGAUUCAACCAGCAGCUCAAAAACACCAAGUGGCUCAAACCCCAUAGAGAAGGCUGCUGGAUUAAAAGAUUUACAAGCAGGUGUCAUGGGAAAAUUGCUGAUAUACAAAAGUGGUGCUGUGAAGCUUAAGCUUGGAGAUACCCUUUAUGAUGCAAGCCUUGGUUCAGAUUGUACAUUUGCCCAGGAUGUUGUGGCUAUUAAUUCUGCGGAGAAGCAUUGUUGUGUUGUUGGGGAGUUCAAUAAGCGUGCUAUUCUAACUCCCGAUGUGGACUCUAUUUUGGAUAAAUUUGCUGACUUAGGUUGCUAAUGGUUAAGCUUUAAGAUACGGAGUACUUAGAUCUGAUAGUCUACAGAAAAGAGAAUAUACAGUCUAAACAUUAAAGGUCUUUAGAAGUCUGCUUUCCAUACCUUAUAAUUCCUUCAAUGAUAGUUACCAAAAAAAAAAAAAAAGCCUUUUCUUAGAACCUGUCAAUGAAAAAGGGAGAGGUUCCUUUUGCUCAAUUUUUUUUUUUCUUCACAUGAUUAGUUGCAAUUACAAGACAAUGGGAAGUGUACUUAACAUCAUUUAAAGGCCAUCUGUGCUUGAAAUGAUGUAAAAUUUUGACAUUAUUAACAAAAUAUAAUUAUUGAAUGAAUAUUUUCAGUUUUUUCA